CCAGAGGCUUGCCAGGCGGUGAUCGCUCGCCAUCUUAUCUCUGAGUUUGUGAAUCAAGGGUUUCGCUAUGUUUACGGCAACCCAAUCCGUCGCUUGAUGCUACGAUUGACUCCACCAGCUCGAUGCCUCUGUGUACUACCUUAUACUCUCACGGAUGGCGAAAAAGAGAAAAGAGCUGAGAAGGAGGCCUUGAAGAUGGAAAAUGCCCUUAAUAGCAUACGACAAUGGCGUUUCCCGCUAGACACUGAAUGGGCGAGAGAUACUUUACUUCGCUUAGUUUCUGGAACAUUACAAUAUGAGCUUUUACCAUGUAAAGGUCAAGAAUAA